GUCAUGGCCUACUAUCCCCUGCAUUUCGUAGUUUCGGCCAUCUUCGCCCCAAUGUUCAUCCAGGUUGAGAGGCCCGUGUCCGUCAAGAAGUCUGUGCAGAGCGUGCUGGGGUACGAGACUGGUUGCGCUGAGCGAAGGUGGUACAACACUCCCUGGACCACUACAGCCUUCCGUGCCUUCCUGAACUUCAGCAUGCUGCAGGCCUGGUUCCCCAAGGAGGCGGAGAUUUGGAACCAGCCCACCUGGCCCGAGCCGUAG